AUGCCGGAAUCGUCCAGUGGACUGAAAUAUGUCCUGGUUAUCAAGGACGACUUGAGGGGGUUCGUCCACUUGUGCCCUGCUGAAGCCGCUGACGCGACAAGUACAGCGGCUGCGUUGAUGUCCUGGUUCACGCUCUACGACUGGACACGAGGGUCUCUGACGGCGGGGCCACUUCAAGAACGAAGUAGUCGAAUAGUGCGCAAGAUGGUGGGCGCACACCACCACAUCCAAUGGGACGGUCGAGGUGGUCAACCGUCUAGUCCUGCGGAGGCUCAAGGCUUUGCUGAGCGAGAUGAAGUUGCGAACGAGUGGAAUCUAGUCCUGCCUCUGGUGCAGGGCGCGUUCAACCACCAGCCCUCGGACAGGCUCGGUGGAGUUGCCCCCGUCACGGCUUUUAUGGGGCUCAAGGCGAAGGCGCCACUGGCCACGUUAGUACACCCGGCCACCAAGGAAGUUAUCUGCACGGACAAUCUGGACGAUGCCCGUGUCAAGCACAUGGCGCAGUUCAAGAUUGCCUUGGAUCAGCUGCACCGUGAAGUGUUUACCCGUAGCGACAAGCUGCGACAACAAGCGAGAGGACGGGGGCGACAAGAAAACGCGGGUCAAAUUUGA